CCGUUGCUUUGCUGCCUGCCAACCGCAAAGCCAAUCGAGACGCUGCCGCUGUCAUCUUUCUAACCCCGCUCAGCUGAUCGGUUGCCGCCGCCGCCGCCGCUGGAUUCCGGAGGCAAAGAACGCCCAGCGAAGAACAUGGACGUGACUAUCGCCCCACUCCGCGCCUGGGACGAUUUCUUCCCGGGCUCUGACCGCUUCGCCCGGCCAGACUUCAGGGACAUUUCCAAAUGGAACAACCGCGUGGUGAGCAACCUGCUCUAUUACCAGACCAACUACCUGGUGGUGGCUGCCAUGAUGAUUUCCGUAGUGGGAUUUCUGAGCCCCUUCAACAUGAUCCUUGGAGGAAUUGUGGUCGUACUGGUGUUCACCGUGUUUGUGUGGGCAGCCCACAAUAAAGAUGCCCUCCGCCAGAUGAAGAAGCGCUACCCCACGACCUUCGUCAUGGCGGUCAUGCUGGCUAGCUACUUCCUCAUCUCCAUGUUCGGGGGAGUCAUGGUCUUUAUGUUUGGGAUCACUUUUCCUUUGCUGUUGAUGUUUAUCCACGCAUCACUGAGACUCCGGAACCUCAAGAACAAGCUGGAGAAUAAAAUGGAAGGAAUAGGAUUGAAGAAGACACCAAUGGGCAUUGUCCUGGAUGCCCUAGAACAGCAGGAAGAAAGCAUCACCAAAUUCACUGACUAUAUCAGCAAAGUGAAGGAAUAAACCUAGCUUUCCUGGUGGUAGGGUUGCAGCAGAAAUUCAGUUGCAGUUUGCCCCUCUCCAGACCUACUUUCUGCUUGUAUUUUUGAAAUAGGAGGUGCACAUACCACCCAACUCUCUAUGGCAGCAUGUAUGUGUAGGCCUUACUGUUAACAUCUCUGAUGUUACAGAGAGAAGGCCUCAGAAAACCAAAAGGAAACCACUCUCCUAUUGUGUCUGAAGUUUCAAGUGUGUUAAUGAAAUCUAAUGGGAAAUGGAUCACACGUAUUUCUUUAGGGGAAUAAAAGAAUUAUGGGUUCUACAGCAACAUUAGUGUUAUCCUAUAGGAAAAAAAAUUUUUGUAAAGUAUCAAGGGAAUAUGAGUAAAUGAACAGAUUAUUAAAGUAGAUGAUGUCAAGUGUUAGCCUGUUUCUAAUUCCCUCAAGCAUCCUCCUCCCAAAAUAUCCCUUAGGAUCAUAAUAUGUGGGUAUAAAUUAGUUCAGUUUUUAUUAUUACUCUUUUAAAAUCAAAGACAAUUUCUCUCACUUUGCGGCCUGUUUGAUGUGCAGUGGAAACUGGACAAACCAGUUAUUGAUACUUUGUUUACACAUAUGAAGAUUGCUGUUUAGAAUAUUUUGUUAAAUUUUUGUAAAUUUUUGAAAUGCUAGUAGUGUGUUUUCACCAGCAAGUAUUUGUUGCUAACUUAAUGGUCCUUUUCCUUAAGAAGGUUACAGCUGUGUAACCCGUAUUAUCCUUGACAGACUUGUUAAAAAAAAAAAAAACAGACAAAAAAUAAAUCAAAACUUGAGUUCUGUGUAUAUUGCAUUUUUUGUUGUUAUAAUGAAAAAACCUGUUCACGAUAAUGUAUCCCACUUUUUAUUGUUUAAUUUUUAACUGGAACAUUUAGAAAUAAUGAAUGUGCAUUUUAUUAAUUCCUUAGAGGCACAAAGAGGAUGAUAAUAGCUGAUCUUUUGAAAACUGAAAAGCAUCUUUAGAUGAGCAAGCAAAAAGACUUGAAAAAUGGCAGUGAACAUGGGAGUGAUUACUGGCUUUUGUAGUUGAUAAAAAUUUUAGAUAGCGGUUGUUCCAACCCCAUGCAUUUAUAGGCAGACGUUAGGAUUAAGAGUACGAGUUUAUGUAUUGUUACUUUUGUCUCUUUAUUUCUCUUGUUUUUAGCACUAGGUUAUAAAAAAAUGUUUUGCCAGCCAAUUGAGUGAUUUCAUAGAUGAAGUAGAAAACAUUGAGGUUUCCCCAACAUUGAACUGUGAAGACGAUUGGAAUGAUGCUCGCUGAGGGAACUCUGUAUGUCCUGGGAUCAGAAGCAAUAGCAUUCGCUCUUUCUGGUUUUUCUUGCUUAAUUUCUUUGCCAGAACACAGUUGUCAUCUUUAGCACAGUGAUAUCACCAUGACUUCACAGACAUGGUCUCGAAUCUGUACCCUUACCCAAGUAUGAAGAAUAAAAUUUAUCAAAGUUU